GGUCUUUGUUCUCUUUGGCUCUUCUCUUUUCUUCUCUCUUUCACACACACAUACACGCUUUCUCCCUCCCCCCAAGUCUCCACCACUUCGUGCGGGGUCUUCCUCACUCUCGUCGGAGCAACCCGAAACCCUAAAUGGCCGAAACCUCGUCGCAGCAAACACCCACACAGACACAGUCCGUAUCGGACUCCGAUUCGUUACAGUACUGGUGUCACCACUGCGAGAAGCGAGUUUCCAUCGAAACCCUAGAAAACCUACCGGACGUGAUCUGCUUCGAGUGCAAGAACGGCUUCGUCGAAUCCAUCACACCCACCACUCCUCUUCCUUCCACGCCACCGUCUCUUACCUCCGAUCAGAUCGACGAACCCUCUCUCAGCGGCCACUUCCUCCAAGUACUUCGACUCAUCGCCCAGGCGGCGCGUGAAGGCGAUGAGCCACCUCCACCGCCUCCGGAACACGCAGAUCCGUCCGGAGAUGACUUUCUCCGAAUCGAACUCGACGGAUGGGACAACGACGAUGACGACGAUGACGACGCGAACGAGGUUGAUGUCAGAAAUGAAGGAGGAGAAGAUCGCUCCGAUGACGAGAACGAGAAUCAUGAGGAGAGCGAUGAAGAAGAGCUCAGCAGAAGGCGGCGCGAGGUGAUUAGGCUUCGGCUGCGAGAAUUCGCCUCUCGUGCGGCGAAUCGGAGGAACCGGGUUCUCGAUUGGGCGGAGAUCCUGAUGGGACUUGAAGAUCACUCCAUUGAGUUGCGAUUGCAAGUUCCUGAUGGCGAUGACUAUGUGGGCAAUCCGGAGGAUUACGUUGACGCAGCUGGAUACGAGGCGUUGUUGCAAAAUUUGGCGGAGGGUGAAAGCAGUGGAAGGAGAGGAGCUCCGCCAGCGGCGAAAUCGGCCGUAUCAGUAUUACCCACUAUCGAGAUCAAGUCGGAAAAGGAGUGCUUGGUGUGCGCGAUUUGUAAAGAUCUAGUGAAUGUUGGAGACAUUGCGAAGAAAAUGCCUUGUGGACAUGGAUAUCAUGGGGAUUGUAUCUUGCCCUGGCUGGGUGCGAGAAAUUCUUGCCCUGUUUGUAGGUACGAGUUGCCUACAGAUGAUCCCGAGUAUGAGGAGGAGAGAAAGAAGAGAUUGGCAGCCAAUGCUGAUGGCGGUUCUUCGAGUACUGGUGAGUAUAUUCCUGGGUUUGAUUGAUUCCUCAUGGUACGAAUGCAAUUUCAUUUUUUUUCCUUGUGCUUUCUUUUCUUUCUUUUUUUUUAACCUGCUUUAGACUCAAUUUCCUUCCUGCUUUGCACUUUUGGGUGUUUGUGAAUUAGAUGAAGGAAUUGUGAUUUGUUUCCCUUUCUUCGGAAUGUAAAUAAUAAUAAUUUAGUCAAUCUGAUGAUAUGCUCUUCUUGGCAAUUUGCAUUAA